ACUUGACACUUAGUAAAAAUAAAUCGGACGAUCAGUGAAGAAAGAAUGGUGCGAUUGGUUGAUUUGAAAAUUGCCGAUUUAGAAAGAGAGCUGGAGGAAAGAGAGUGCGACAUGGCUGGAAAAAAGGCAGAGGUGCAAGAGCGGCUUCGUAAAUCCUCGAUUGAGGAAGACGAGGACUCGGAUAAUUUCAUUUUUACCGGUGCAGUGGAUAUUGGCUUAAUGCUGCAAAACCUUUCGACCAAGUUAGAAAAAAGAGAAGUGUUGCUUGCCGAGGACCUGAGAAAACUGGCAAUACCUAUGCUGGCAAGUGGACUGGACAACCUGGCUGGAAAAUCAUCCGAAGCAUGCUUGAGAAAAUAUGCAAAGAAAGACAAUGAGAGUUUCAGUCAAAGCUCGGAGCGGGUAUUUCAGCACUGGCAAAAGGUAUGUAUAGCAUUCUGUCAUGCACAGCCUAGCAUUUAUAAAGAUGCACUCCUACCCAGUCUAUCAGAUUCAGGGCGCAUUUUAUCUAGUUUGUUCCAUGACUCGACGAUGGCACGACGCAUGUUUACAUACCCCUACAUGAACCAAAGUAUUAGGGAGUUGUUAGAAAAUCCAUCCUCAACGAACCUGUCUUUCGGAUUAGAUCUCAGCGAUGUCGUUAAGGCAGCAAAGUCGAUACGGUCUACAAGCAAAGAUACUCAGCCCAGCCUUCAUCCUCAAAUCAGAGAUCUGCUGUGCCUAUGA